AUGUCGGACUCUACAGAUCAGAUGGAUCCCCCGAAGUUCUCAGAAAGCGACUCUUUAACCGAUAAGAGUACACGCGCACCGAAGCCUGCUUCUCUAAUUUGGGGAGACAAACAGGAGGAGGCAGAGAGCGGCAUAUUGCCUGCGAGAUCAUUCGAAGUCUUGCGAACACCAAAUGAAUCAAGAUACACCAGGCAACCCUCUUCUCCUGAAAGUUCAACACACCUGCCUCCUCGUAUAAAUUCCCCCGCUUCCCAGAUCUUCGAACGCGAUGUGCAAGAGGAUAUAGUUCCAGCUCAAGCAUCUCCAUCUAUACCUGCCCAUAUUCGUACAGAAAACUACAUCCCACCUGUCCUCGAAGCAUCGUCAGCCGCAAUCACAGAUGACCGCCUCGAUCCCGACUCGGUUGAGAUUGUCACACAUAGCCUCCAUCAGCCUGCCGGUGCGAUUUCCGCAGAGCAAUCAAUGUCAUCUUCUAUCGACGCCCAUCUAUCGAGACAUGCGGAUACAGAUGAACUCUCAUCGAGUUACGGAGCACUGGAUACAACCGACGUGCGCCGAUUGAGCUUCAUUUCAUUUGCGGACGUAGUCAAUGCCGAGCACGCAGAAACAAAUGAAGGUCACUUGGGCGGGAUUUCUCGUGAGCGUCUAGGGGACAUGAAUUAUCCUCCGUCCCCCUUGCGAUCUCCUACUUCCUCGCAUGCGCUGAGCACCUCACCGCCCACGAGCAUUGCAACCUCUUUCAAAGGGCCUGAUAUGUCGCCUACUCGGUUGCCUGCUAGUUCUGCUCAAAGUCCCGUCUCAUCCAGUUUCGGGGGAGAUCUCAAUGUAGAGACCAUGCGGCAAGCUUUGAGGAAAACUGGCAGUGGAGACUUGGGUGGCAUGACCAGUCAGGCUGUGAGUACCAUCGGGGAUGACCUGCUGGAACGUACGAUCUAG